AUGCAAUCGCUUUUGCUAGAAACAAAGUUGGGUAAUAUUACACCCUUAAAGUUUGCCAAUAUAAUCACUGACAACUACUAUUCAUCACAGCUUUAUCAAACAGCAAAAUACGAUGUGUUUCCCUCAAACUGUCAUAAAAAUGCUCUGGUCAAUUGUCUUUCAUUGGAAUCGGUAGACUAUCGGUUUUUGCUUAGUGGUUCAGGUGAUUCUUCAAUCAAGUUGUGGGAUUUACAUCAACAAGAACAAAUACGUACUGAAAAUGAAGUUGAUGCAAAGCUAAAUAAAAUCCAUCACCCUCGCAGAUUUGACACUUUCGAUUACGAUAAUCCAGUGACUGCUUUUGCCAAUGUUGCAAUUAUGCCAGCACGUGAGUUUCACAAGUUUGGUGUUUCUGCACUUGAAUGGUGGCCGUUUGAUACUGGAUUGUUUGUAUCUUCAUCAUUUGAUCAUUCAGUUAAAGUAUGGGACACCAGUGAAUUGGUCCCAGUUUACUCUUUUAACUUGAAUAAUCGAGUUUAUUCGAUUGAUGUAAGUGGAGAAAAUUCAUUAAUUGCUACUGCUAGUGAUCAGCCGUUUAUAAGAUUAUUGGAUAUGCGAUCAACCUCAAGUGCACAUACAUUGAAAGGACACAAGGGUAAAACGCUCAGUGUGAAAUGGCAUCCCGUUAACCAAAAUUUGCUAGCUUCAGGUGGUUAUGAUGGAGAAGUACGCAUAUGGGAUAUAAGACAAAGUCGAAAUUUGUUGUGUCGAUUGGAUAUGCUUACAACCAAUACAUCGACAUCAUCAUCAUCUCCAUCUUCAGUUGUGGAAGCCAACUUGACUCAACAAUCAGUUAAAGCUCACCUGGGACCUGUUAAUGGUUUAAUUUGGGAUGAAGCGGGAUCUUCUUUGUUCACUGCUGGUAAUGAUGACAAGAUUAGAGUUUGGGAUAUGAUCAGUACACCUUAUCCACCAGUAAACAAAUUGAUUAAUUUUGGACCAUUAACCAGAAACAAAUAUCCACAAACAACGCCAAUCUUGCUCAACCCCAGCGGUGAAACUGAAUUACAAUAUCUUCUUUUCCCCUCCGAAAGCGGUGAGGUUUUGAUUUUUAGAACAAUCGAUGGCAAAUUGGUCAAUCGAUUGAUUAGAAGAGGGACCAAAAACGUGGGAAGAACGUGUUCCAUGUGUAAUGGUGGACCUUUUACUGCUACCUAUUAUUGUGGAACUGUUGAUGGUGAGAUUUUGUGUUGGAAACCAUUUUGGGAUACAGUAGAUCCGGAAGAAGUUGUUGAUAUUAUGGAAAGAGAAACGCAUCUUGGAGUGGAUGUUGAUGAGGUAUUGUUGAGAAAACAUACAUUGGCAUUAAAAGCACAAGAAUUGAAAAAAUCGAUGGAGUAUUAA